AUGACUCAGUGCCGUCAUCAUUCUGCCAAGGAUAUCCUGAUGAACCCGUCUGUCACCGCAGUGUCAGGUGACACUGGCCAAGGCCCCAGCACCUGCUGCCACGAGCUGUACACAGCUCCCCUGAUGUUCAAGGUUUUCUUUCUCUCUCAAGUAUCUGAACAUUUCCUGUCCUCAUUUGAUAUGGACUGCACUGCUGAUAUAAAGAGGGAAAUUGUGCAGUGUAUGGGCUCAUUCCAGGAUGGAGUGGCAGAAAAAUGUUCUGAUUACUUUCAAAGAUACAGACGUUCUACACAUGUGACUCCCAAAUCCUACCUGUCCUUUAUUCAGGGAUAUAAAACCACAUACAAAGAAAAACAUGCUGAAGUACAAACAUUAGCAAACAGAAUAAAUACUGGACUGGAAAAACUGAAAGAGGCCUCUGAGUCAGUGGCUGCUCUAAGCAGAGAGCUGGAGAUAAAAGAAAAGGAACUUCAAAUUGCCAAUGAAAAAGCUGACAUGGUAUUGAAAGAAGUUACAGUAAAAGCACAGGCUGCUGAGAACGUGAAGGGUGAAGUUCAGAAAGUGAAAGACAAAGCUCAAGCUAUUGUAGACAGUAUCUCAGUUGACAAAGCCAUUGCUGAAGAGAAGUUAGAAGCUGCUAAGCCUGCGUUGGAAGAGGCAGAAGCAGCCUUACAGACAAUAAAACCUACAGAUAUUGCCACUGUGCGCACACUGGGACGACCUCCCCACCUCAUCAUGCGUAUCAUGGACUGUGUGUUACUGCUCUUCCAGCGUAAAGUGAACAGUGUGAAAAUUGAUCAGGAAAAACGCUGUACUGUCCCAUCGUGGCAAGAAUCUCUGAAACUUAUGACAGCAGGGAACUUCUUGCAGAACCUACAGCAAUUUCCAAAGGACACAAUUAAUGAAGAAGUGGUAGAACUUUUGAGCCCUUAUUUUGAAAUGGCAGACUACAACAUUGAGACAGCUAAGAGAGUAUGUGGGAAUGUUGCUGGCCUUUGCUCAUGGACCAAAGCUAUGGCUGUAUUUUUUUCCAUCAACAGAGAAGUAUUACCCUUAAAGGCUAAUUUAGCAAUUCAGGAGAAUCGCCUAAACACUGCUAUGCUGGAUCUGCAGAAAGCUCAAGAAGAACUGGGAGCCAAGCAAGAAGAAUUAGAUAUUGUGCAGGCAGAGUAUGAGACUGCAAUGAGAGAAAAACAGACUUUGCUGGAAGAUGCUGAGCGUUGCCGACAUAAAAUGCAAACUGCCUCAAGUCUUAUAAGUGGCUUAGCAGGUGAAAAAGAGAGGUGGACAGAACAGAGUAAAGAGUUUGCUGUGCAAACCAAGAGGCUAGUUGGUGAUGUACUCUUGGCUACAGCUUUUCUGUCCUAUUCUGGUCCUUUUAACCAAGAGUUCCGCAGUCUGCUAUUACAUGACUGGGAAAAGGAAAUGAGAAGCCGAAAAAUACCCUUUUGUUACAACUUGAACCUCAUAGAAAUGUUGACUGAUGUUCCAACUAUAAGUGAAUGGAACCUGCAAGGAUUGCCAAAUGAUGACUUAUCCAUACAGAAUGGAAUCAUUGUCACUAAAGCAUCUUGUUAUCCUUUAUUAAUUGAUCCACAGGCACAGGGUAAAAUUUGGAUUAAAAAUAAGGAAGGCAGAAAUGAACUUCAGAUCACUUCUUUGAAUCACAAGUAUUUUAGAAAUCAUUUAGAAGACAGCCUUUCUUUGGGAAGGCCUCUCUUAGUAGAAGAUGUUGGAGAAGAGCUUGACCCAGCACUGGAUAAUGUUUUGGAAAGAAACAUCAUUAAAACAGGUUCAGCUAACAAGGUGAAAGUUGGUGAUAAGGAAGUAGAAGUUAUGGAUGGCUUCAGACUUUACAUUACUACAAAACUGUCAAAUCCGUGUUACUCUCCUGAAAUCAGUGCUCGAACCUCCAUAAUUGACUUUACUGUGACGAUGAAAGGUCUUGAAAAUCAACUCUUAGGCAGAGUCAUUCUCACAGAGAAACAGGAAUUAGAGAAAGAAAGAACUGAUCUUAUUGAAGAUGUGACUAUGAACAAAAGGAGGAUUAAGGACCUAGAAGAUAACCUUUUGUUCCGACUUACAAGCACUAAAAGUUCUCUGGCAGAUGAUGAGAGUCUACUAAUUGUAUUGACUGACACUAAGAAGACUGCUGAAGAAGUAACAGAGAAACUGCAAACUUCUGCUGAAACUGAAAUACAGAUCAACUCAGCCCGUGAAGAGUAUAGACCUGUUGCAACUCGAGGAAGCAUCUUGUACUUCCUUAUUACUGAGAUGAGCAUGGUCAAUGUCAUGUAUCAGACUUCGCUUCGGCAGUUUUUGUGGCUUUUUGACCGCUCCCUGGCCAGGUCUACCAAGAGCCCUAUAACCAGCAAGAGGAUUACUAAUAUUAUUGAAUAUAUGACAUAUGAAGUGUUCAAAUAUACUGCUCGAGGACUCUAUGAGGAGCAUAAAUUUCUCUUCACAUUAUUGCUUACUUUGAAGAUUGAUAUACAAAGAAACAGAGUGAAGCACGAAGAAUUUCUGACACUUAUUAAAGGUGGUGCUUCUCUAGACCUUAAAGCUUGUCCUCCUAAGCCAGCUAAAUGGAUUCUGGAUAUGACUUGGCUGAACUUGGUGGAGCUCAGUAAACUUGAACAAUUUUCAGAUAUUCUUGAUCAAAUUUCCAGUGAAGAGAAACAGUGGAAAAUCUGGUUUGAUAGUAAGAAUCCCGAAGAAGAAUUGGUUCCCAGUGGCUAUGGUCAAUCUCUGGACUGCUUCAGACAUCUUCUUCUUAUCAGAUCGUGGUGUCCUGACAGGACCAUAGCUCAGGCAAGAAAAUACAUCACUGAAACUAUGGGUGAGAAAUACGCAGAGGGAGUCAUCUUGGAUUUGGAGAAAACAUGGGAAGAGUCAGAUCCACGUACUCCCCUCAUUUGCUUUCUUUCCAUGGGCUCUGAUCCUACGGACUCAAUUACUGCUCUGGGAAAAAGACUAAAGACAGAAACGUGCUGUGUUUCCAUGGGCCAGGGACAAGAAAUCCAUGCUCGUAAACUUCUACAGCAGACAAUGGCUCAUGGAGGUUGGGCACUUCUGCAAAACUGCCACCUUGGACUUGACUUUUUGGAUGAGCUGAUGGACACUCUAAUAGAGACAGAGAAUGUCCAUGAAAGCUUUCGACUAUGGCUGACAACUGACAUUCACAAACGGUUCCCCAUCACCCUACUUCAAAUGUCUAUUAAGUUUACCAAUGAACCACCGCAAGGGCUCAGAGCUGGGCUAAAGAGAACAUAUGGUGGUGUCAGCCAGGAUUUACUAGAUUCCAGUAAAAUGGUACAAUGGAAACCAAUGUUGUAUGCUGUAGCCUUUCUACACUCCACUGUUCAAGAAAGGCGCAAGUUUGGAUCUCUAGGUUGGAAUAUACCCUAUGAGUUUAAUCAAGCUGAUUUCAAUGCUACUGUGCGCUUCAUUCAGAACCACUUGAAUCGCAUGGAUACCAAGAAGGGGAUCUCCUGGAAUACUGUUUGUUACAUGAUAGGUGAGAUCCAGUAUGGUGGUCGUGUGACAGAUGACUAUGACAAAAGACUCAUGAACACCUUUGUAAAGGUUUGGUUCAAUGAAAAUACAUUUAAUCAGGAAUUCAGCUUCUACAAAGGAUACAGCAUACCUAAAUGUACUAUGGUGGAUCAAUACCUUCAGUACAUACAGAGCCUUCCUGCUUAUGACACACCCGAGGUGUUUGGUUUGCACCCCAAUGCAGAUAUCACUUACCAAAGUAAAGUUUCCAAAGAUGUAUUGGACACCAUCCUCAGUAUCCAGCCUAAAGAUAGCUCUGGUGGAGGAGGUGAAACUCGAGAGGCAGUUGUAGCCAGACUGGCUGAUGAUAUGCUGGAAAAGCUUCCUGCUGAUUAUGUGCCAUAUGAAGUAAAAGAAAAACUAAAGAACAUGGGACCUUUUCAGCCUAUGAACAUAUUUUUGCGACAGGAGAUUGAACAAAUGCAGAGAGUUAUUUCUUUAGUGAGAAGCACUCUGACUGAUCUAAAACUUGCCAUUGAUGGGACAAUCGUUAUGAGUGAAAAUUUGAGGGAUGCUUUAGACUGCAUGUAUGAUGGAAGGAUUCCUGCUAACUGGAAAAAAGCAUCUUGGGCUUCCAGUACUCUUGGUUUCUGGUUUACUGAGCUUCUAGAAAGAAAUCACCAGUUUUACAAGUGGAUUUUUGAAAGUCGACCAAACUGUUUCUGGAUGGCAGGGUUUUUUAAUCCUCAGGGAUUUUUAACUGCAAUGAGGCAGGAAAUAACAAGGGCUAACAAAGGAUGGGCUCUUGACACUGUAGUGCUGUGCAAUGAAGUCACUAAAUGGAUGAAGGAUGAUAUCACAAGCCCUCCUUUGGAAGGUGUCUAUGUGUAUGGGCUGUAUUUGGAGGGAGCUGGCUGGGACAGAAGAAACAUGAGACUGACUGAAUCUAAGCCGAAGGUGCUUUUUGAGAUGAUGCCGGUUAUAAGGAUAUAUGCAGAGAAUAACACUGCAAAAGAUCCACAUUUGUAUUCAUGUCCAGUCUACAAAAAGACCAGUCGAACAGAUGUGAAUUACAUUGCUGCUAUAGAUCUUAAAACUCGUCAGCCUCCAGAGCACUGGGUACUGCGUGGAGUAGCACUUCUGUGUGAUGUCAAGUAACGUUAAAGAAAAAAAAAGUUUCCAAGAGUUCUUUUCUGUUUUUAAAUGUAAAGAUCAAUCUGUAGUUAGAUAUACAAUUGAACACUUCUAAAAGUAUUAUUUCUAAGGCACAGACUCCAUUAUGAUAGUUUUACAAAAUUGUUCUCAAUAAAACUCUACAAUAGGCUUAUAAAUGCUAAAUCUUAGAGUGAUAUUAUGUUUGAUGUCUUUGACAAAUCAUGACAAAUAUUUAGUGUUCCUGUCUCCUAAAUGUGCAUAAACAGUCCUCCUGUGUGCUUAAUUCUACCUUGAAUAAAGAUUAAUUGAUUUGAAUGUUGUUAA